AUGUUCCGGACAUCGAUCGACAUGACGCAAACAGACGAAACAUCGCCUCAUGCCAUCACCGGUGUUUCUCAUCAGCGUUCGAGCGCUCACCACACCCGCUGGCCAAGAACACGAGGAGGGAUGUCAACCACGCCAGCAAGUAUAUAUGAUACCGCAUACAAUCAGUACCCCCCGUCGCCUACGAUUGCAACAGAAGCAAUGACCGGUCAUACUGGCCAAUCCUUGGACGAUCUUAGCUUUUUCGAGCCAUCGCUGGAGACCUCAGGUGUAGAUCCCCCAGGCAGAGUAGUGGAUACAACGUAUGCUCAAGCUUCUGGACACGAUGAAUCAAGUCUUUCAACCACGCCAACCGGUCGCAUUCGGGUAGUACCUGAGGGGCAAUCGCAGUAUCAGGACCCUUUCCACGGCGAGGUUGAAUCGGCUCUCGCAUUUUCUCUUCCGACAACAUCAGGGCUAUGGCGGGACGGGCAUAGGGGCGACGCAGUACAAUGGAACGACGUUGAGGCCCAAUCAAGACGCUACCUAACUACUUUCCUGAAAAAACAUGGUAUCAGAGCGGGUGAUGCGGAAGAUAGAAAGGUCCGAGAGAGCUUGCACAGUGGUCUGGCGGGGAACGGUCGCUUUGUGGCUUGUGGAAAAGUGUUUCUGUGCGGGCUCUGCGACGGAAAAGAGACAGUGCCGGGGUGCGGAGACAUUCUUGUUCGCAUGGAACAUCAUGGGUCCAUUCGGUCCAAAGAGUUGAGUUGUCGAAAGUGCGACGCGAGGGCGGCAACCAAGGCGCCAGGGUCGGUUGAAAGCAGAGAAGCGAGACCUCUCGAGUAUCCGAUCGGGUCCGGUGUCGAUCAAGCGGUUUCUCAUUCGUCUCCACAUAUGUCGGUCCCCGACUGGGCAUCGAGCGACAUGCCCUCGAUGCAUGAAACGGCAUCAUCUCCAAUACAUUUCGGAUAUGGAACCGCCUCCCAAGAGAUCAGGACCUAUGCGCCGAUGUCAGUCUACCUGCACAGUUCCGAGGAGCUGUCACAGCAGUUUGUUCAGGAGAUGAUAGGUAUGUCGGCUGCCGCAUGGAAGCACGCGGGCCCUUCUGCGAUCGGCAGCGAAGCGCCCGAGGCGGUGAUAUGGACGCAGGUCGAAAGAAGGUCCAAGAUAUUCUUAUUAGAAUGGCUUCAAAAGGUAGAAGCGACUGCAGAUGAAGAGAGCGAAUUCCUGCAGAGGUUCAGCACGGGACUGAAGACGGACGGGAACUUUACCUUUAAAGGGCAAGGAUUUCGCUGCAGCCGAUGCGCGAAAUGCAAGCGGAUCCUUGCACGUCUGGGUUACUGGGCGAUGUCGGGUAGAUAUGCAACGAUACCUUGUGCCCAUUGUGCCAGGAAUAGAAAAGACCGGGAAAAGCGGUUGAGCGAGAAGACACUUCGCCAGGACAAAGCUUCGUCGGGCGCAGGUCAAGGUUCUCCGAUGUAG